AUGGCAGAAGAGACUGAAACCCAAGCCAGUGCAAGCAAGGCCAAAGGAGGUAGAAGGGGCAAAAUGGCUCAACUGCAAGCUGAUAACAAGGCCAUUAACAAGAUGGAAGUCAAGGUGCUCAACAACAACACCAACAAAGGAACUGACUCUGACUCUGACUCUGACCUUGACAGUGACAGCAAGCAAUACAACUUCCAUACCCUAGCAAAGCUCCUCAAGCCAGUGCCCAAACUCACAUCACACAACUACUACCGCCAUUUGGAGUGCCCACAUCAAAAUCCUUCCUCUGAUUGGUACCACAUGCCAUGA